AUGCGCCCAGUCGAUACUCUCUCGCCGACCCAGGUGCCUCAGCACGUCUUCCCGCGCGUUCUCGAAGAGAUAGUGGAGCCCGCCUUUCGAGUCCCUCUUAAUGCCGGCGAUAAGCACGUCACCUUGGACACGCCUAGUUUGGAAGACGUGGGUCCGACCCUCAGCGCCGUCCAGGUUCUCCACAAGAGGACCGUCGAUGACAAGCUUUACUGCCCCAUUGUUCCUGGCAUCACAGCAUGCCACAAUUCUCCCAAUCCUAUUGUUACGGACAACACACCCUGCCACGGCUCGCCUCACUAUCCGCGCGUAAUCCUUUUUGCGGCCUCCCUGUUCCGACCCUCCUCCUCGUGCCUGAGGGAGCGCGGUCGAAACGUCGCCACACCCAUUGCGCCUCGGACGUCAUAUUCUGUGCGGUGCUAUACCGGGGAGGGGGAUCUCUGGAUUGAGUUCCCAGGGGUGGUGGAAGCGAAGGAGAUGGAGGAGUAUUUCGGGGCCAUGCUGAGAUUCAUUGUUGGAUUCGCGAGGGACCCAGCGAUUGAGGAUAGAAAGAAGAUGGAGCAGUGGGAAGAGAAUGAGAAGAAUGAGAUUGAGUCUAAAGAGAAAGAGCACAGCAAGGUGGAUGGGUAUGAUGGGGAUAGAGAGGCGGGCCAGGAAGAGGCGACGGUUGCGGGUGCUGAGCGCCCUUUCAUUGAGUUCUAG